GGCAGUAUACCAGUCAGGAACAGAUGCAGCGGAAGUGCUCAUGUUGUGUAACUUCCUCCGUCUCUCCUCUUCCAACUAGUGAUUGUCACAUUUCGCUUUAGGGUCCUGAUGGCUGCAACCUUUCGUUAUCUGUACUCUGCCUCAAGGACAGGCACUUUGGCAGCUGGCCAGCUGAGGUCCUUCAGUGUAUCAGUACAAAGGAAUGGAUUCAAGUAUGUGAAUGCCCAGGAGGUCCCAACAGACAUGAAGUCCAUCACAGAUCGAGCUGCACAGACACUGAUGUGGACAGAGCUCUUCAGAGGUCUGGGCAUGACAAUGAGCUACCUGUUCAGAGAACCUGCCACCAUUAACUACCCGUUUGAAAAGGGACCGCUGUCACCGCGCUUCAGAGGGGAACACGCUCUGCGCAGGUACCCCUCAGGAGAGGAGCGCUGCAUUGCCUGCAAACUCUGUGAAGCCAUUUGCCCCGCCCAGGCCAUCACCAUUGAAGCUGAGACCCGCGCCGACGGAAGCAGGAGGACAACUCGCUACGACAUCGACAUGACCAAGUGCAUCUACUGCGGGUUCUGUCAGGAGGCGUGUCCUGUGGAUGCCAUUGUAGAGGGUCCUAACUUUGAGUUUUCCACUGAAACUCACGAAGAACUGCUCUACAACAAAGAGAAGCUGCUAAACAAUGGAGAUAAAUGGGAGGCUGAGAUUGCUGCCAACAUACAAGCUGACUAUCUCUAUCGAUAGACGUCUCACACCCAGCGCCUACGUUACUGGGGAAGACUUUAAACGUGACACGUGUUGAUUCUGUACAUACUGUAAGAAAACAAACUCGGCUGUGCUUCAUGGUUGGAUUCAGGUUUGUUGAAGAAGCCUUAGUUAACAACAAAAGCCCUAUUAAAACAUUUAGUUUCGUCUCAUUUUGUUAUCAUAAACGUUCUUUGUUUCCACCUUAAUGCCCUGGUAUCUUUCAUUGUGCGUAUUUAUUAUGAUAUCAAAAUACCUCACUCGAUGUCUGGCCACAGAUUUGUCCAGUAAAUUUGGGAAGUCUCUCAUGAACGUCCAUGCAAUUUUUCUGGGAAUGCAUAAGAUGUCUGCUUCUUAUUCUGCUGAUUAAACAUGCCUUUAAAUUUUGCCGAUUUCUUCAGUAUAGUUAUUUUAAUCUCCACAUGAAAAUUGGGAUUUUAUUACAAUAGUCAUCUUAAUUUGCCAAUAUGGCUUAAUAACUGUUAUUAAACACACAUAUACUGAAUACACAAUAGGAUUUUUUUCUUUAUUCACUUUUAAAAUUCAUUACUACUAAAUGUCAACAGAACAAUUUUCCAACUUGCUGGUGUAUAGAUGUCGGCAGCUGAGACGCGGCUCCCAGCUGGUAGCAGUUGGCUGUCAUAUCUUGUGUGAAAUAUAAAUAGCUGGGAAAAAAUCAAAGUGGUUUCAUGGAAUACUAUUUAUAAAAGAAUUAGACAAUUGAGUUAAGCUACUUUUAAUUGAUCAGUUAACCAAACAUGGAGUUCCCCACUGGACAUUUCUAAAGUCCUGUUGUAUUGCAUAUUGAGGACAGAUUGCACACAAGUGUAAGUAAAUUUUUUUUGGAUUUAAAUGCAGACAUUUUGGGUCUUCAUGCUGUUUCCGCCUUGAAGCAAAUAAUAAAGUUUAAACUUUAAAUGAAA